UCAUAAAAGUUCCAGCCGUUGAAGACAAAACAAAUCCCUAACGUCUCCAAAAUGCGUUAAUGUAGGAACCUUUCAAAAAUGAAAAAAAUCAUAUCUUUAUUUCUAUCCAUCCAUAUAAAUUCUCUUUCACCAUUUGCUACAAAACAACGCGGUUUUCAGCAAAUUGGACAUCAGUGUUAAUUUGAGAGAGACAGAAAGAUUCAGAAAGAAACAAACCCCGCAAAUUCUUCAUACGCUUCUCAAUCUCUGCCAUCCUCUCACAUUUUCCUUCUUCAUUCUCAGCCUGUGGGCGGAGAAAAGAUAACAUAAAAAAAGGAGCGAGGAGAUGGCAGGCCCCUCAUCUUGCACCGACGCCGGAGAUGGUGGUCGUGCAGUGGAUGAAAAUGGGGCCGUUGAUGAUGAAGAAGCGCCUCUUUUAACAACAGCAGAGUGUCGUAUUUGCCAAGAAGAAGAUUCAGUUGAUACCUUAGAGACACCAUGUGCUUGCAAUGGCAGUCUUAAGUAUGCUCACAGGAAAUGCGUUCAACAUUGGUGCAAUGAAAAGGGUGACAUCACAUGUGAAAUAUGCAAUCAAGCUUACCAACCCGGGUAUACAGCUCCACCUCCCUGCCCUCGUUUGGAAGAGACUACUAUAGAUAUCGGAGGAGGAUGGCAAAUAUCAGGGACACCUAUGGACUUAAAUGACCCACGUCUCCUUGCAAUUGCUGAAGCUGAACGCCAAUAUCUUGAAGCUGAAUAUGAAGAUUAUAAUGCAUCAAAUGCCAGUGGAGCUGCAUUUUGUCGUUCAGCUGUUCUAAUUUUGAUGGCUCUUCUGCUACUAAGGCAUGCAUUCACAGUGCCGGAAUCUGAAGGGGAUGGAGAUGAAGAUGCAGCUACUUUCUUGACUCUUUUCACGCUUCGGGUUGCUGGAUUUCUUCUGCCGUGCUACAUCAUGGCCUGGGCCAUUAGCAUCUUGCAUCGUAGAAGGCAGAGACAGGAGGCUGCAGCGUUGUCGGCAUCACAGUUUGCUUUUGUAUGGCAAGCAGGACAAAGGCGGGGCCUACACUUUGCAAUUGCCUCAGCGCCACCACCAGCAGCCGCCGCCACUCCCGCUGUGGCUCCACAGGAGGAUAUUGUUUGAUCAUUAAUUUAAUUAUUACCAAAAAGCCAAUCGGGGGGAAGAAAUAUACUACUCCAAAUAACACAUUGUUGUAACAGUUUGUUUUACUACUCUUUUCUGUUUUUUCUUGAGUCGUUUCUGUAUUUCAAAGGGUAUUGUUUCUGUAUGUGUAUAGAAUUGUUUUGUCAUCAACUUUUUAGACAUCUAAAUCUUUCACAUCCUGAAUGUGUCUUAUAAAUGAUCGUUUUCUUAUUA